GAACGACCAAAUAAACUGAUCGCAAGAACGCGCGAACUGCCCAUUUCCCCACUUUUAUUCUCCAUCUCUCGUCCCUCUCCAACUUUUAUCCGAUUCCCGAAAAUAGAACAGAAUCUAAGCGCAUAUUUGUUCAUGGCUUCAAGUUGUUUCCUGCAGUGGCGAUAGAUUCUCUGUGUCAAAUCCCAAUCUUGUUCUGGAAAUUUUCUGGCGGAAGCAAUUCCUUGAAGCAGUUCAAGAAGAAUGGGUACCGGUACGUCCAAGAAUUUGGAUGGUGGCUCUCAUGGUAACGAAGAAGAGCGGGAGGAAAACCUAGACCAAGCGGGUGGACAGCUCUAUAUUUCCUUGAAGAUGGAGAAUUUUAAACUCAAAGGCGAGCUCAUUCCUCAUAUUUACGGCUCUGUCCCGCUUGUUGGUUCGUGGGAUUCAUCUAAAGCUCUCUCUUUAGAACGUGAAUCAGCAUCAAUGUGGGAAUUGAGCUUUGUCGUUCCUCCUAAUCACGAAUCUCUGGAUUUCAAGUUCCUGUUGAAGCCGAGGUAUAGCAAUUCACCUUGUAUUGUCGAGGAGGGUCCCAACCGUCUACUCUCUGGAGGAAUGCUGCAAGGGGACACCAGGAUGGCUCUUUUCAAAUUGAGUGCUGAUGAGGUUUUGGAGUACAGGGUAUUCAUUAAAGCAGACAGGGUUUCGCCCUUUGAUCUUGCUGCAAGUUGGAGGGCGUAUCAAGACAAUCUUCGUCCUUCAGCUGUUCGUGGAAUUCCUGAUGUGAGCAUAAAUUCAGUGUCGGAGACAGGUCCGGAGAAUAACUCAUCCGUUAGCUUGGAGCUCGAUCUUGAACACUACGUGGUUCCAGCUCCUUCAAACUCAGGCUUUGUAUAUGCAGCCAACUUGACGGAGACUCCAAGAUCAUUAACUGGCUUUGGGGUUCAUUUCAAUGCUGAUGGCCCGGGAAACACUUCAUCAUCUAAGGAGAGUGGAGUUGUUGGGGAUCGAUCAACAAAUGUAAAGGUGUUUUCUUGCUUGUUUUUUNAUCCACCCAAGAUGUAUAUGGGUUCCGGAACGGUUGAAUCAAAGUCGGUAGGGACGUUUUCUCAUUUGCAAAAGCAAGACAGUCAUAGGGGGCUUUUUGUGGAUCGAGGUGUUGGAUCCCCUAGGCUUGUUAAAUCAGCUAGUACCAGCACUAUCUUUUCAGAUCUGAAAUUGGAUACGGAGUCCAAGAAUUCAAUGCCAGCAGCAGCGGGAGCUGUUGCAGCUGCAGCUGUUGCUGAUCAAAUGCUUGGUCCAAAGGAGGAUAGACAUUUGGCAAUUGUCUUGGUUGGUUUGCCAGCUCGAGGCAAAACUUUUACUGCAGCUAAGCUUACAAGAUAUCUUCGUUGGUUAGGUCAUGAGACAAAGCAUUUCAACGUUGGCAAGUACCGACGCCUUAAACAUGGAGCUAAUCAGUCUGCUGACUUUUUCCGAGCUGACAAUCCAGAAGGCAUGGAGGCACGUAAUGAGGUAGCAGCUUUAGCUAUGGAGGAUAUGAUAUCUUGGAUGCAAGAAGGUGGCCAGGUUGGAAUACUUGAUGCCACAAACAGUACCAGGAAACGGAGAAACAUGUUGAUGAAAUUGGCUGAAGGAAAAUGUCGGAUAAUUUUUCUGGAAACUCUAUGCAAUGAUCAGCGCAUCAUUGAAAGGAAUAUACGUCUUAAAAUACAACAAAGUCCUGAUUAUGCUGAGGAGACAGAUUUUGAGGCUGGAUGUCGAGACUUCAAAGCUCGACUAGACAACUAUGAAAAAGUCUAUGAGCCUGUUGAAGAGGGAUCUUACAUUAAAAUGAUCGACAUGGUUAGUGGCCAUGGAGGACAGAUUCAAGUCAACAACAUCAGCGGGUAUCUCCCUGGACGUAUUGUCUUUUUCUUGGUGAAUACCCAUCUCACUCCACGGCCGAUAUUGCUCACUAGGCAUGGAGAGAGUAUGGAUAAUGUUCGAGGUAGGAUUGGAGGUGACAAUGAAUUAAGUGAGGCUGGAGAAGUUUACUCUAAGAAGCUUGCUAACUUUGUUGAAAAACGACUGAAGUCCGAACGGGCUGCCUCUAUUUGGACCAGCACACUUCAGCGAACAAUUUUGACUGCGAGUCCUAUUGUUGGAUUCCCUAAGAUUCAAUGGCGUGCACUUGAUGAGAUAUAUGUUGGAGUUUGCGAUGGAAUGACUUAUGAAGAGACAAAGAAAAACAUGCCCGAGGAGUACGAGGCACGCAAGAAGGACAAAUUGAGAUAUAGAUAUCCUCGUGGAGAAUCUUAUUUGGAUGUUAUCCAAAGGCUUGAACCAGUAAUUAUUGAGCUUGAAAGACAACGUGCGCCGGUUGUCGUUAUUUCUCAUCAGGCGGUCUUGAGAGCGUUAUAUGCUUAUUUUGCUGAUAGGCCCCUAAAAGAAAUUCCACACAUUGAGGUUCCACUUCAUACAAUAAUUGAGAUUCAAAUGGGAGUCACGGGUGUGCAAGAAAAAAGAUACAAACUUAUGGAUUAACAAACCCUGUGGAUGGUUAAUCUAUAAUUCUCAUAUACUUCAAGGAGUUCCUAUGCAUUCUUUUAAUUCUCAUUCAUUACCAAGAUGUUGGUCUCGUAAAUUGUGCCGCUCUUAUCAUCAACCUUAACCUCCGAUGCAAAUGUGAGUGACUAAAACUCGUUUUCGUUUUCGUUUCUGUAAUAGUGAUGUCUACGCAUGUAACUAAUACUCGGGCAGGAGGGUGGAGUGGUUAAACAAAAGUCUCUUCCAUUCAAAGCAGGACUAGGAGGAGUUCAGUUCUAUCUAUGCUGUUCAAUUAUUAUUGAAAUAAAGGAAGUUUUGAAUAGUAAAGUUAUGAAUAUUAGCAGGUGGUAGCAGAA